AUGAAGGUUCCCGAAGAUAUUCCAGUGCGGAAAUUGGUAGUCGACUCUAAUGCUUUCAUCAAACGAAUACCUUUACAUGACUUGGCCUCGGAGAUUUAUACGGUGUCAGGAGUAAUCAAUGAAUUGAAAUGUGAGAAAAUGCGUCAUCUUCUUGACAGUCUUCCGUAUCAAAUUUACGUUCAAGAACCAACGAUGGAAUCUCUCCAUAUCAUAACCGAAUUUUCGAAGAAAACCGGUGAUUACCCCUCAUUAUCAGCAGUUGACUUAAAAUUACUAGCAUUGGUGCAUGAUCUUCACUUGAAACAAUAUGGAAAAGAUGAUUUACACUAUGAUUUGGAAACCAUUAGCGACAAGUCAUCAAUGAGUUAUCGACAAACAAAGGACACAGUAGCAAAAGCGAACGAUAAUGAUAUCAAAGUGGAGAAAAACGCUAUUGCAACUGAAAGAAAAUCAGAGUCAGAAGAAAUGGGAGACGUUAAUGAUGUUAGUGAUGAUGCUAGAAUUGACAGCAACAGCAGUGAUGAUGGUACUUGGUUAAAUGAGAGUAAUGUGGAUGAAAUAUUGGGACAUGUGGGUGAAAUAGCGAUGCCGGAGAAAGAAAUGAAGGUGGCGUGUGUUACGACAGAUUUUGCAAUGCAGAACGUUCUUCUUCGUUUGGGUCUUUAUUUAUUGUCUGUUAAUGGUUAUAGGAUACAGCGAUUGAAUAAUUACAUCCUCAGGUGUUGGGCGUGUUUUGUGACAACAACUGUGAUGACGAAACGUUUUUGUCCUCGCUGCGGAAAUGACUCACUACAUCGAGUUGCCGUUAGUAUAGCUGAAGAUGGAACGAUGCGACUUCACAUCAACUGGAAUCGCUUGCAAUCUGCACGUGGCUUCAAAUAUUCCCUUCCAGCUCCGAAAGGUGGAAAACAUCCUGGAGGACCACAGCUUUUUGAAGAUCAGCCCAUGCCACAGAAUAGAAUGGCUCGUUGUUAUCAGGACCCUACAGAAGCUGGACCAUUUUCUAUGAACGAUGUAACGAGCAGGUCAGCAGUGUUAGGUAUACGGUCCUUACAGAAGGCUUGGCAGAAUCCAAAUGUGCGAACACAUGGAAAAAAGCGAGGAAAUAAGCGGCGAUAG